UAACGUCAGAGGACCCGCUGAAAUUCAAACUUAGAAGAGGAUACUGAAACCACUUGAAAACCAGGAGGCUGUCCCUGUAUUUUAUGCAGUUUACUUUAGGCCUGAACCGAACUGAAUCGUUCAGGACUUCUUCUUAGUUCAGUAUGGAAGCUGAGGAGGAAAAUGGUAGCAAUAUCACCUUAAAGAGGCAGAGGGAACCUCUGUCAGACACAGAAGACAAUGUCGUCUCUGCAGCAGGUAUAAAAGAUGGACUGAAGAGACGGCGUCUGGAAGCAGCUGGUCAGGAGAACCAGAGUCCUGAGCUGGCCUCAUCUAGACUUCUAGCUGAGUUCCAGCCAAAACCGGACACACCGAUAAUCCCGUCAGUCCGUUCCCGAGUCCAGCUGCUCACCCAGAGAAACGAUGGCCUGCGUUCUCUCUCGGAUCCGGGAAAUGAAGGCCCAUCGGUUCCCAACAGGGGUGUCAGAGAGCAUCUUCUCGGUGAGGAAGAAUUUAAUCAACGGAUGGACCGCUUUAAGACACCGGUCUCUCAGGCUAACGCCACCCAAACGCCGAGUCCUGCCAGCACCUGCCCACGGACCCGCUCCGGUUUUGUGUGUGGCAUUCAGCAGAAACUACAGUGCACAACAACACCCAGCUCCAAGCAGGCUUCCAUUAUACGCCAGGAACGGGAACUGGAGUUAAACCAGUUGCCUUUCCAGUCAGUCAUCGAGAACGCCUGGCUGAAAUGGUGCAGCUCUGAUUCCUCAAUUAAUCAGGGAAGGCACCCUGUUGGCAGCUCUUCCCCCUCACGUGUUCCUGUAUCUAAAAGGAAAUUUUGUUGGCCUCCUCUGCAGCCCCAGAAUCAGGUUCCUGGAGAUGCUGAGAUGAAAGAUGGGAGUUUUACUGAAAUUUUGACAUCUGUUGCAAAGACACCUUCUGGGAAUUUGAUGGGUUACGGAGCACCCUCUGAUGCUACUGGUGUAUCUACAGAGCUUAGACUCACCAGUGAAGGCCAGAAGGAGAGCAUUUCUCAUGGUGAGGAAGAUGGAACCGAGAAGGAGCUCAAGACAGUUAUUCUGAAUAAAGAAGAGCAGCCAGGGUCCCAUUAUCCAGAGGGCCAGACUGUGUUAAAGUUGUCCUUCAGUGAGGAGCACAGUCUGUCAGAGCUGCAUGCAGCUGAUAAGAACAAUUUCUUACAGUCAACUCUUCUAGACGAGUCAAACGCGAAGGAAACGAGCCAUGUUUCCAUAGUAACCAAAGAGGAAAGGUCCGAGGUGUUUACUUUCGAUGACGAUGAGACAAUGGAAGGUUCUACAUACAAUGAGGAGGAGAUUGAGCCUUCAACAGAUGAGGAAUUAAGGGUAUGGAGAUAUCCUCAACGAGAGGUGUCAGUUGAUGAAGAAGCUAUCUCAGAGAAGAAGGAAGUGUUCACUAAAGAUAAAGAAGAGGACUUGGAAGUGGCUAGAGAGGGGAAGGAGAACAGAAGCAGCUUUACAAAUAAUGUUGCUCCAGAUCUAGAUGUCUCAAAUAAGACCGCUGGCUUUUUUAAACAGCAGGAAGAUGAGAAGAUUAGACCAGAGGAGGAAAGUGAGGGGGACAACAGUGUAGAUGAUUCUUUGAAAAGGAAAUUAGCUUUACAAGAUGAGGCUUUGAGAGAAAAAUCCUCAUACAAUGCAGUUUAUGAAAGAAAUGCUGAAAAUGUUGCUCAGCCCCAUGAGGGGGAGAGAGGUUCAGCAGAAGGAAGGAAGGAUGUUGUAAAGGCAGAAAGCUCAAAGAAAGUCACCUUUAUCCUGGAGCCUGAGCUGAUCAAUAGCUCGGCUUUGUCUGAGAGCGACGUCUCAGCAGAGUCCAAGGCAGAGACCAGUCUGUCAGAUGCUGGAUCCGAAUGUCAUGAUGACACCAACACGGCUGAAACUAUUGAGAAGAUGUUUGAGGAGGUGCUUGAAUAUGCUGAAAAGGUAGAAGAAGAGGGGCGAGUUGAGGAAGACGGAGAAGAUCAUGAUAGUGGUAUCGCUUGUUCUGGGGGCAAAAACAGCGUGGACUUGGAGAGGGAGAAAAAUGAAACGGAGGAAGAGCCCAGAGAAGAGGAAUGUGAUGAAGAUGAGCUUCUUACUUUUCCUCAAAGCGGCAUCCUCUCUCCUCUCAGCAAGUCUGUUGAAGCUGUGGUUACCCCACUGCGACUGGCAGCAGCCCAAGAGUCAAAUCCUCCAUCUUUGCUCCUGACCCCACAAGAGACCAGCACCCUAUCUCCUGAAUCUGCUCCUCUGUACAGCAUCGAUGCAUACCGCACACAAAGGCAAAGCAAGCUGCCAACCAUUCAGAGUGUGACUCCUGCGGUUCAGAGACGCGCUCCAGAGCCUAAAGCGCCCGUCAACAUCAUAAAGAGAAUAACAGCUCUGAAUGAAGAGGCUGGGAAGCUGCAGACUGUGAUCAACCAGACGCUGCAGGCUCUGAGCUGCUGCACUGAUGAGGAGCAUGGUCGAGGCUCGCUGGAGGAGGCUGAAGCUGAGAAGCUUCUGCUUGUGUCCUGUGAGAAACGCUCUGCUCUGCUGGCAGAGGUGGCCAGACUGCGGGAGGAGAGGAACCUUCAGUCUGAAGAGGCUGCAAAGGAGGACACGGACUACGUUUCCCAGCAGGCCUGCAGAGGAACCGUUAGCAUCACCAACAUCCAGCUGCCUCUGAAGGUGGAAUUUGUCUGCUCAUCACACAACCGUGCAGGACGGCCGAGCCACUACUUCUUUGUCCUGAUCCGCUACGGGCCCUGCAACAUCAUCGCCACGCCGCUGGCCACAGCUGCUGACGCUCAGAAUGGAGACACCAUCUCCUUCCCGACUGCAGUCACACUAAAGGAUAUUCGCUCAUCUUUUGAGAUUGAUGUUGAAGUCUACAGCCUGUGUCCUACUUCAGGAACCAGCUGCAGCUCGGAUCGGACCAGCACCAAGUCUCGUGUCACACCAAGGAAGCUUCUGAAUACCAUUACAAAGUCCAGCAACGUGUUCACAUGCGCCGCUCCCGCUGCUCUCAACACUCGCCGCUCCAGUAACUUUUCUCUGGUGGGUUCCCACAAGAUCACCUUGGCUUCUCUGGGAUGCAGCAAAUUCCCUCUCGAUAAGAUGAAACUUGACGGCAAAAUCAGGAGGCUGCUGGGAGAUGAAUUUCAGGAAAAGGUGCCAUUUCUCUCACCACUAGAGGGCCACAUCUACCUGAAACUGGACAGCGAGGGCCACUCUGAUGUCCAGCACCAAGGCUUCCUGACAAUGUUUACGUUGAUCAGUGGGUUCGGGGUGUGGAAUCGGCGAUAUUUUGUUCUGGAGGAAUGCAACAUGUACUACUGGAACAACCCAAACGACAGGGAGACCAAGGAAGCAGAAGGCAGCAUCUCUCUGCCCAGGUCUCCCAGUCAGUGUGUCAGGCCUGUUAAGAGAGAUUCAUGUGCUCGACCUUUUACCUUUGAGCUGGCGAACGCCUCUCAGCAGGACGACCAGAACCAGGAAGCACCGUCCAAGUGUUGGUUCUCAGCCGACACCAAGCAGGAGAGAUUGGACUGGAUGGAGAAGCUCAACCAAGCCCUGCUGGACUUCCACACAUGGAACUGUCCCCGGGCAGAGAACCAGGCGUCCAGCAGCGGGAACCUGAGGGAGAGCAUCCUGUAACACACCCCCACAUGGUCCAUCUUACCUGAGGAUCAUGAAGGCGUCCUGGAAUCAGCCUCUAGGUGUUCGGUAGAGUAUACGCUGACAUCAAGGUUCUGGAAGAUGAAGCUCUGGCUCACUGCUGUAACGAUGAAAUACAUCUAAUGUUGAUUUAUUGAUGGGAGAAAUUUCUAAUUCUUUUUUUUGUUGUUAUUUUUUUAACCUGAAUCCAAUCUAUUAUGGUUGGUUUGCACUUCUACUUGCAAACUCUGUUGCCAUUUAAAUAUUUUUACUUUUAUGUUAUCAGAUUUUUUUUUUAUUCUCUGGUUUUAGUUGGGGCCAGAUUUAUUUUCUUUGUUUUCUUCUUUGGCAAUCAGCAGAUUUAAUAAUAAAUUGUCACUUUAGGUUGUUGAAGGGAUUGUUGCUUAUUCUAUUGCUAAUGUUUACUGGAACACAUAUAUGGAUUCCGAUUCUAUUUUUACUGUUUAAGCUUGAAAGAUAAAUAAUUCGGAUAUAUACACGAAUACUAAAUAAAUGUCUAACUCUGCUAAACUAACCUAAGAUGAGUGUUACCGAGAACAGAAACAGUACAAAUAUAGCUAAUCGAAAGCAAUUUAUUUUCUCAAAGACGAUACUGUAUCUCCUACAGAUGUGAUAUCUCUAAGUUUGAUCAUAUAUGUUUGUUUCUUUAAGGAUACAAUUUGUCAGUGAAAGGUGCAAGUUGAGAGAAAUGUCCCCAGACUUUGUUCUCAGCACUCUGCAGUGUUCGUCAUUAUUGCACAUAAAAAGACCCAUUUAGUUAAUGUUGUAAACACGCUUUUGAUAGAGUCAAAAGGUGAGGAUAAAUUAAUGUGAUUUGUUCCUUUACGUUUUCUUUCACAUCUGUCACGUCGUCUGUUUUCUUGUAAAUGUGUAUUCUCAAUAUAUGCACUAAUUAGAAAGUACCAAUAAAGUUUAAGGAUUGAA